UCUAAACAGACUUUGUUCACUCACGACACUUCGAAAGAAAUUAGUCAUUUUUACUGUGGUAAACCGUGAUCGUACGUAGUGUGGUGUAUCAUUUUUCCCGACUUCCUUAACUGAUCCCGUAAAAGCGAAUUGUAAAACAGCAGCAUGUCAGCCCCAGAAGCCGGAAAUUCCAAUGGUACGCAGCCGACCGGUGCCACCGGAUCAAGCAAUGCCACCAACAACCGGCUCAAGCAAACCCAGGCCCAGGUGGACGAGGUGGUCGGUAUCAUGCGCGUGAACGUGGAAAAAGUGCUGGAACGUGACCAGAAGCUCUCGGAAUUGGACUCGCGGGCGGACGCACUGCAGCAAGGCGCGUCGCAGUUCGAGCAAAAGGCCGCCAAGCUGAAGAGAAAGCAAUGGUGGGCCAACAUGAAGAUGAUGAUCAUCAUGGGCGUGAUAGGAGUGGUGCUGUUAAUUAUUAUCAUCCUGUCCAUCAUUUAUUAAAUAAUAUUGUAUAUCGACAUUAAUCGACGGUUAUUCAUUCUUAAAUCUUUCCAAACGCGUAUAUAUAUCUCGAAGAAUGGUGAAGCGGAAAAUAUUCCCCGCACUCUGAAACAUGCAACCGGGAAGCAUUGCAAACAAAAAACGAAAACUGAUGAGGGCAUUGCACGAAAGCCAAGGAAAUAAUCCUCGUAGCGUGCGCUCGUUCGCAUUUGCCGUAUAAAGAGAUUUGGUUAUCAAUAUCUCAGAAAAUUAUUUCAUUUUAGACUGUGCACGCGCGCACACAUUCAUGCAAUCUAUCGUAUCAAUAUCGUUACUAGUAGGGAAAUUAGAGGGGGCAGGAAACGAUGUUUUACAAAUCAUAGAUUAAUCCAUUUAUAACGCGUUUCCAGCACAAGGGAUACUAAAAUACGGUUUCAUCUAUCACGAUGUUCGUCAUGCAAAUCUUUAUGUAAAUGUUAUACGUCAUGAACAGUACGGAAGAAUGAGGUAACUGCUGCAAUUUACACAUUAACCGCUUAUUCUUGUAUUAAAGGUAAAUACAAACAAUGUAAAUCAUAAACUAUAAGGCGUCCGCUUUGAAAGCACAGCUUUAGGGUAUCCUAUCUCUUUCGGAUUCACCUUCCCACCAACCGAUUUAUUGGUCAUAAAUAAUGUUUGAAGUUAAUUUGAUAGGACUGUCCGAAAUUACUGAAUAGUUUGCUUACCGUGUAACGAUAGCUGUAAGUAGCUUUUUUGUGAUUGUUUUCUUCGCCGUAAAGCAUAGAAGAAAAAAAAAACUGUUUCCUGUUUGAGUUUGAGCGAUGCAACAUGCCAAUUUCCAAAGCUGUAC